AUGGCUUCCCUCCAAAUCUCCGACCUCGAAACCGAAAUUCCCUCCGACCUUCUCGUAUCUCGCGUCAUGCAACUCCAUGCAAGCAUCUCGAAACUCGAGUCGCUUCGACCUUCGAAGCAAGUCAACACCCUCUUCACCCAGCUCGUCAACUUGUGCACUCUUCCUUGUUCAAUAGACGUCAAGGACUUGCCCCAAGAGCUCCAAGCCAAGCGUGAGAGUCUCAUUAUUCUAUGCGGCCAAGCCGAGGGGCUUUUGGAGCUUGAAUUCUCUUCAUUCAUAGCCAAAACUCCGAAAGCUAUCAACGAUCUCAACCUCUUUCCUUACUAUGACAACUACGUCAAGCUAGCAAAUUUGGAGCACAAAAUUUUGGUCAAGAACGGAGUGUUGAAGCCCAAGAAUGUGGCCUUUGUGGGCUCAGGCCCAAUGCCACUAACUUCCCUUGUCUUGGCCAUGAACCACAUGAAAUUCACUCACUUUGACAACUAUGACUUUGACGAGAAGGCCAACUCUUUGGCUAGGAAGAUUGUUGCCUCGGAUGUUGAGCUAGAGAAGAGGAUGAAAUUUGUUACUAAAGAUGUUAUGGAAGUGAAAGAGAAGCUUGGGGAAUAUGAUUGCAUAUUUUUGGCUGCUCUUGUGGGGAUGAACAAGGAAAAGAAAGUGAAGGUUCUUGGGAAUGUGAGGAAGUACAUGAAGGAAGGAGGGAUUUUGCUUGUUAGGAGUGUUAAAGGGCCUAGGGCUUUUCUGUACCCAGUCGUUGAAGAGCGUGAGUUGGUCGGGUUUGAGGUUCUUGACAUCUUCCAUCCCACGGAUGAAGUGGUCAACUCCAUUAUUUUGGUGCGAAAGCCUAUCUUUUAA